CAAAACAUCAAAUCAACAACUUUUUUCCUUUUUCUCUUAUUUCCUUAUUUCCUUUGUCAGGUCUUAUUUCCUUACAAACCUUCGCUUCUUCUCAGUCGUCUGUCACAGUUUCUUCGUCGCUUUCAAACAAAAAACUGUUUUAAUUUUUCGACAAUCUCAUACCAUUAUGCAUUCUACAAUCUUUGCUCUUGUUGCCGUUGCUGGCUAUGUCUCUGCUGGACCUACCGCCCGCUCUCAGACUGAGUGUUCAGGUGUUGGCCAGUUCUACACUUGUGCGAACAAUGGUUUCCGCGGUUAUUGCUCCGUUGAUCCUUGUGCCAUAAAGUGGUGCACUGAUUUCGUCGAGGGUACUUGCGAUCCCGUCUUUAUCACCAAGCCUGUUGUUGCUACCGAGACCGAGGAAGAGGAAGAAGAGCACUGGGAGCCUGAGACUACUCCCGUUUCUCUUCCUGAGGGCCAAUGCGCCCCCGGCACUGGUUUCUUCCAGGUCUGCUCCAACGGGUUCAAGGGCUGCUGCAAGUCCGACGCCUGUGCUGGCAAGGACGCUAUCUGCCCUGAUGACAAGAAGGUCAAGCGCACUGACGACCCUACUGUCUGCGCUCCCGGCACCGGUUUCUUCCAGUCUUGUUCCAACGGCUUCAGAGGCUGCUGCAAGUCUGACGCUUGUACCGGUACCGCUGGUGUCUGCCCCGACAACAAGCCCGAGGCCCCCAAGCCCAAGCCUGAGACCUGGGAGCACAAGCCUGAGACUACCACUAAGACUGCUCCUGCUUCUCUCCCUGAUGGACAGUGUGCUCCUGGUACCGGCUUCUUCCAAGUCUGCUCUAAUGGCUUCCGCGGCUGCUGCAAAUCUGAUGCUUGCACUGGCAACGCUGGUGUCUGCCCCGAUCAGAAGACCAAGCGAUCUGACGACCCUACCGUCUGCCCCCCUGGAACCGGCUUCUUCCAGUCUUGCUCCAACGGUUUCCGUGGAUGCUGCAAGUCUGAUGCCUGCUCUCAAUCUCAGCCCAUCUGCCCUGACGCCAUCGCUAAGCGCUCCGAUGACCCCACCGUCUGCCCUCCCGGAACCGGCUUCUUCCAAUCUUGCUCCAACGGCUUCCGCGGCUGCUGCAAGGGCGAUGCCUGCGGUAACACCUGGUGCCCCGACUACAAGACCGGCACCUACGAGCCCGCCCAGACUCUCAAGGUCAAGGCUCGCUCUGAUGGUACUUGCCGCCCUGGUACCGGUUUCUUCCAGGUCUGCGCCAACGGCUUCAAGGGAUGCUGCAAGAAGGACGCCUGCUCUCAGAAGAAGCCCGUCUGCCCCAAGUAAGAGGCAUUCUUCUCUUCAAAUUUUCCAGUAAUGGUUUUACAUUGGCAUAGCGUUGCAUAGAACAUUACUAGCGUGCAUAGAUAGAUAUGGUGUUUGUCGAUUUUGUUUGGAACAGUCCUUUAUGAGUUAUUAUGGCAUUUGAUUGAGCUACUAUUCUUGAUAUUUACUUAUUUAGAGCAUUGAUUUUGUCGGACACGAUAAAAAUCUAACUAAUACACUCCUUUAAAAAAA